AUGGCUCUAAUGCUUGACGUUAGCAAGCGAACUACUGAAAACUUGAUGGCCGAGUAUGUGUUGACGAACAAGUCCCGCUACAGUGACGAAGAGGACGAUUUCCUGGAUAAUUUAAUCCAUCGUAUUAUGACAAAUUUUCCUAGAUCGAGUAAGUCCUCAUAGAAUCUUUUUAGGCUGUAGCCACUCAUGUUCAGUUAACAAAUGAAGAUUUUUUUUUUCCGUAGCCUGGUAAUGAACAGUUUGAGAACCAGUACAUAAUGACAGAACAAUUUAUUCCUCUGGAACUAGACAUGAUAAACAUCUGAAAGGGGAAAUUUUCUUGUUUACCUCUAUUUCUUUCAGAUUGCUAAAAAAGGAAUUGAAGCCUGUCGGCCGAUACGCGUUAUUUAUUGAACACCUCAAGAAACGUAGACAUAAUCACACAUAGCAAACGCAAACAUCUUUUUUUCAGUAUGAACGUAAACUUACGACCGUUUCUGAAAAUCCCGUAUGCUGUUCUCUUCCAGCAGAUUCUUACAAAACGCGACCAACUUACAGGCAAGAGCGUUAAGCCGGCCGCAGUGUUUGCACAAAAUUUUGCUUAUCCGGAACACGCUUUGUACUCUUUAAACAGAGAAUUCAAGAAAGCACAAGAGGCGUUGACUUCACCACUGUGUAACAGGGCGUUAAGCCCGCCGCAGUGUUUGCACAAAAUUUUGCUUACUCUUAACACGCUUUGUUGACAGGUUCCAAAACAAUCAAGAGGGUUGACCACCACUGUUUCCCUUAUUUUUGUUGACAGGUUCCAAAACAAUCGAGGGUUACCUUGUUUCCCAAGGUGUAUCAGUGCAGAGGUAG